AUGCUCAAGGCCAAGAGACUUCUCUUGCGAGAAAAAGAAGAUCAACUGAGCUGGGUCAUCGCUCCCCUGAAUCUUCAAUCCGAGCUUAAGGCAGCAAAAAGGGAGAAUCUUCGUUUAAAGGCUGAACUCAAUGAUGUAGUUGAAAAGAACAAGCUCCUGGACGGGGAUAACAAAAACCUCAGCCGAGAGAAUUCUAGCUUUGCCACCAAACUUAGUGAGUUUGAAGCUACUAUCACUCAACUAAGGGAAGAGCUAGAUUCUGUCAAGGUCAAUGCUGAGAAAAUGGUAGAAAAGUUCAGACAGCUCGAAGCUAAGAGAGCCGCCGAGAAAGAGAAGUUGAGGAUAGUCGAAGAAAAGGCCGAGACACGAGCCCGGAUCAGUGAUGAGCUCAAGCGUCAGCUCGAGACCGCUGUUCUAGCUAAUGAUGCUCUUCAGACCGAACUGGCAUCUGUCAGCGAGGUUCGAAUCACUCUGAGUGACAAGAAGUCCGAGCUAGAGGAGAAAUUAAAGAAAGCUCAGGCCGACCUAGAGGAAGCUUGUAAAGAUAUAGAGGCCACUGAGGCUCGUUCUACACUUUUAGUUGAACUUGAAUGGUGGAAAUCCCAGAGGGUUACACUCGAGCAGGUUGAACGGGGUAUGGAAGACAUUCCAGUUCGCAUACUCGAUGCGAAGAUUAUCUAG